CCCCCCCCGCCCUUCCCUCACACGAUGCGCCGCCAAGGGAGUUCCUCGCUCCUGGCGCUGCUGGUGCUGCCGCUGGUGGCUCUGCUGGCCCCACUGAGCAAGGGCUGCCCGGUGGACUGCGUCUGCUACCCGGCCCCCAUGACGGUCAGCUGCCAGUCGCACCACUUCCUCGGCGUCCCGGAAGGUAUCCCGGCCGAAAGCGAGCGCGUCUUCCUCCAGAACAACCGCAUCUCCCUCCUCCUGCGGGGCCACUUCACCCCAGCCCUGGUCACCCUCUGGGUCUACUCAAACAACCUCACCUUCGUCGACCCUGAGGCCUUCCACGGCUUCGUCCACUUGGAGGAGCUCGACCUCGGCGACAACCGCAACCUGCGAGAGCUGUCUCCGGAGACCUUCCGCGGCCUGACCCGCCUCCAUGCCUUGCACUUGUACAAGUGCGGCUUGAGCGUCCUUCCGGACGGGCUGUUCAGCGGCCUGCACAACUUGCAGUACCUCUACCUGCAGGACAACCAGCUGGACUUCUUGCAGGAGGACCUCUUCCAGGACUUGGUCAACCUCAGCCACCUCUUCCUCCACGGCAACCAGCUCUGGAGCCUUCAACCCAAUGCUUUCCGGGGGUUGGUGAACCUGGACCGGCUGCUUUUGCACCAGAACCGGCUCCGGAGUGUGCACCGCCGGGCUUUCCACGACUUGCGGCGCCUCACCUUGCUCUUCCUCUUCAACAACAGCUUGGCCGAACUCCCCGGCGAGGCUUUGGCCCACCUGUCGGCCUUGGAGUACCUCCGCUUGAACGGCAACCCCUGGCGCUGUGACUGCCGGGCCCAGUCGCUGUGGGAGUGGCUGCGCCGCUUCCGGGGGUCCAGCUCCAGUGCCGACUGCGCGUACCCCCCUCGGGUCCAAGGGAUGGACCUCAAGGAGGUGAGCCCCGAGGAGUUCCGCGGUUGCGCCGAGUCGCAGCACCAGGUCAACGCCCCUCCGCGGGGGGAUCAGCACCGCCACCAGCACCCCACGACGGAAAAGGGCAAAGACGGGCAGCGCCCGGGCUACCGGAAGCCUAGCAAGAACUGCACGCGGAGCCGCGGGCGGAGCAACAAGAUGGCUUCCUCGCCGUGGAAGAACACCGACGGCGAUGGGCUGGACUAUGAGCACAAGUUGCCCCCGAAGCAAAAGGGGAAGUGUCCCCGGACACCCGUCCUGCCCCCUAGCGGGGUCCAGCAGGCCGCCGGAGGGACCAGGAGCCGAGGGGCAAAAGUCGCAACACUCGCUACUGCUGUCGGUGCUCCCAUUUUGUUCGUCAUCGCCGCCGUCUUGUCGGUGGCCAUCGUCCGCUGAUUCGCGUCCCGUUUUCGAGCAUUUCGGCCUCUCUUUCUCGAGCCGUUUCCUGGAGGGGACAAACAUGGCAAAACAAUUCGGGAUUACAAGCAAUAAUCCUCGCCUGUGCUUGGAAUCGGCCACAAAACGCCGCUUCUCGAACGGGGCAGGGAUGGGAUUGCGAGGAGCGUCAUCCUCGCUCCCAUAACGUCGUAGCCCCUUCACAUGUGUCUAUGCCCGUAAAACAAUUAUCGUUUCCGGGGUCUUUUGAGGAGCCUUCCUUACAAAUUGGAACUACAAUUUGUCCCGUAAAACACAACAAGCCCCUUUGUUUAUUUAUUUAUUUAUUUAUUUACACCCCGCUUUGCUUUCUCUCUCCAUACGGAGACCUUUGCCCUCUGUAUCUCCAGGAAGUAAACAAUGCCAGGUUACCAGAGGUCGCUCCAAGGCAAACUCAAUGGGUCUGCAAGGCCCAAAGCGGGAUCUCCGAGGCCGCCGUUGACCCACAAAUGGUGGCUUUUUCCGGCCCGCUUCCUUGCUCGUUUUCUCUCUCUCAGGAUAUUUCCUUUGUCCGCAAAUAAGAUGGACCAACAGGGCCAGGAUUGGAGACUCGGGACGAAAAGCGACGUCUUUUUCUUGCUUUUCUUUUCCUUUUUUUUUUUUGUAACGUCGGUGUUCACCUUAUCCAACGAAAUAAAUCGAUGCACAGGUCGCGGCGGCUGCGGCGUCGGCCCCGUCCGGACCAGACUCUUCUCCCGAAGGAAGCUUUUUAUAUACAGACACAACUUCAACCAGGAAGAGGAGCCACGUUCGGAGACCAAAAGGAUAUCUAUCUCUACGUGUGUUUUCUUUUUUCCCCCUUUUAAAGGGGGGGGGGAACCGUUCACUCUUUUGGUUCGAAGGACUCGUCGGAACCCAGAGCGCCCGCGUUUGGGUCCUUUUCUUCCCUCCGUAUGCAAUGAAAUAUGGGUCCGAGAUGAGUACGAUGGGACACGGAUGAUGUUUUGGGGAGUCGUCGGUGUUUAUAUAUCCAUAGAAAAGGAAAACGCAGACACGUUUUUGGGGGGGGGGGUUGUCUUAUUUAAAAGUGUACAAAAGCAGUGUUUGACUUAUGGGGAUAUAAGUGGGGGGAGAGGCAUCUACACUAUGGAAUGAAUGCAGUUUGACAACACUUUUGGUCCUAGUAGUUGUGAUUUGGAACCGAAGGCGUACGAAGCAGAGGCUGGAUAUUUUCCUUCCUUCCUGGCAGAAAUUGGGGGUGGACUGGAUGGCCUUUGGGGGGACCCCAUCCAACUCUAGGGCUGUACUUCUCUAGUUUCAAGGACUUUGGAUGGAUAUCUGUUAGGAGGGCUUAGAUGGUGUCUUUCCCUCUUGUAUAUGGCGGAAAUGAGGUUGGACUGGAUGGCCUUUGGGGGACCCUUUCCAACUCUAGGGUUGUACUUCUUUAGUUUCAAGGACUUUGGAUGGCUAUCUGUUAGGAGGGCUUAGAUGGUGUCUUUCCCUGGCAGAAAUGAGGUUGGGCUGGAUGGCCUUUGGGGGACCCCUUCCACCUCUAGGGUUGUACUUCUCUAGUUUAUAGGACUUUGGAUGGCCAUCUGUUAGGAGGGCUUGGAUGGUGUCUUUCCUUGGCAGAAAUGAGGUUGGGUUGGAUGGCCUUUGGGGGAUCCCUUCCAACUCUUUUAAUGGUAGCGGGGUACAAAUAAAGGUUUAUUAUUAUUAUUAUUAUUAAUGAAGGUUGGAUGGCCAUCUUUCGGGAGGGAUCGAAUUGUGCCCCCUGCCUGACAGAAUGAGGAUAGCCUUUGGAGAUCCCUUCCAACUCUAAAGCCUUAGUUCCCCAUUUCUGUUAAUAUUCAUGAAGGUUGGAUGGUUAUCUGUCGGGAGGGAUCGAAUUGUUUCCCUUACCUGAAUGAGGAUGUCCUUUGGGGGGAUCCCUUCCAACUCUAAAGCCUUACUUCUCCACUUCUGUUAAUAUCCAUGAAGGUUGGAUGGCCAUCUGUCGGGAGGGAUCGAAUUGUUUCCCCUGCCUGAGAGAAUGAGGAUGGCCUUUGGAGAUCCCUUCCAACUCUAAAGCCUUACUUCUCCACUUCUGUUAAUAUCCAUGAAAGUUGGAUGGUCAUCUGUCGGGAGGGAUCGAAUUGUCUCCCCUACCUGGCAGAAUGAUGGUCUUUGGAGAUCCCACCCAAUGCUAGAGCCUUACUUUCCCAUAUACCUAGUCUCUAUGAAUUUGGCUGGCCAUCUGUCAGGAGGGAUUAGAGGGUCCCUCCCAACGCUAGGAUUCUAUAUCCACGGAGGUACAAAAGUGGCGUCAAACUGCAUCCAUUUGACAGUGCGGAUGAGUGUUUUCAAACCGGUUUGAAAGGCUGGGGGAUGGCUCCCGAGGAAAUAAAGGCGACCCUUUUGGAAAAA